GGGAGAUAUGUGAUCCAAACUAACUUACAAUAAAUGAAAAUGAAUAUUUUUCCCCAGUAUUGGAAUAUUUUUAUUGUGUGUUCUGUUUUCCUAGUCCCAGCAUUUUGUAACUCCCAACGAAACUUCUCUUCAAAAGCAACUUAUUACAGAACAAAUGACGAAAUGGGGAACCCAAGUGGAGCAUGUGGGUAUGGAGAAUAUGGGAGAACCACCAACAACGGUGAGGUUUGCGCAGUCUCUAGUCGGCUUUUCAAGAAUGGCGCCGGUUGCGGUGCUUGCUAUCAGGUAAGGUGUAAAAACAAUGGACUAUGUAGUCGAGAUGGAGAGAAUGUAAUGGCAACUGAUUAUACAGAAGGGCGCAAUGAUAUGGACUUCAUCCUCAACUACCGCACCUAUGAGAGGCUAGCCAAACAGCCAAGGAUGGCCGACAUUUUAACAGAGAAAGGUGUUUUGGACGUUGAAUAUCGUCGAGUUCCUUGCACAACAGAAGGCAAUAAUCUCACAGUGAAGGUCCACGAGAAUAGCCAAUACCCUCACUACUUGUCUCUUGUCCCUACCAAUCAAGGAGGUGCUAGUGACAUAUUUGCUGUUGAGGUCUCUGAGGAAGAGACGGAUGAGUGGGUAUCAAUGAGGAGAGCGUAUGGUGCAGUAUGGGACUUAUCGAACCCACCGAGCGGAGAACUGAAGGUGAGGUUUCUGGUGAGCAAAGGCACAGAUGCGAAAUGGUUCGAGUCGGAUACGACGGUGAUUCCGGUGGAAUGGAAAGCUGGGAUUACCAUUGAGACCAGCAUUCGAGUUUACUAACUAAUUUAACAAAAAAUAAUUCCAACUAUAUAACUAAAAUAAAUGUAGUGAAUAAAAAUGUGAUCCUAAUAACUUUAGUGACUAUAAUUGUAUUGAAAUGUUACGUGACAGUAACUACUCCUUCCGUCUCAAUUUGAUUUGAAAAUUUCCUUU